AAAUCUGGUGGAUCAAUCGAAAAAUUGGGUUCGUUGCCACUGAAUUGUUGAAAUUAAAAUGUAUUCGAACAGAGGAUCCAAAGCUUUUUAAUGUCGAUCAGAGCAAUUCAGCAGGAGUUACAGAGAAAUAUAAUGAUAGAGCAACUGGGUUAUGAGAUAAUGGUUUUCUGAGCAGACCCGAAUUAUUGAGAGGUUACCCAUCUCAAAAUUUGUUUUAAAAAGGAUGAAGAACUUGUCUAUUUUGCUGAUUUCUGAGAAUACCCAUCUGCUUGAUUUUGUACUCUGUAGUUUCCUUUCUGAAAAAGCUAAAUUCAUCGCGAAAAAUAAAAAGGAAGAGAAACUUUCAUCUUUGUUUAAAGAUCAAAUUUUUACUAUAUUACAAUCUUAUUUAUGGAAAUUAGUUUUUUUUUUUCUUUAUUAUUUGGAAAGUAGGGGAUUUGGAAAGUUCAAGGCACGGAAGAUUUUCUUUCUACUCUCAUAGAUUUUUUCUUUGAAGAAUAGAAGAUUUUGUGUAUUUAAUCUGUUAUUGACUCCAUUGCUAUGAGAAUCCACACAGCACUACUACAGCAGUGAUUGUAAUAAGUUCUCCUUCUAUUUAUUUAUUUUUAUAUACUGUGAAAUCUUACUCUGAGGGUAUAAUUUUUGGGAGAGUGUUGAGAGAUUUUUGUGAGUUUUGAGUUUAUUUUCUCCUUCCUUUUUGGGAAUGGAUCAUCCGCCAGAGAAAGAUGAACAAGAUGAUCAGUCUAAGGUUAUGGAAUCUGUAGAGAGCAAAGAAAAGGAGGUUUUUCCUGAUGGGAUGAGGGUUUUGGCUGUAGAUGAUAAUAUUGUUUGUCUCACAAUGCUUAAGGCUGUUCUGCAACGUUGCCAUUACAAAGUUACAAUUGCCUCGGAUGGAGCCACAGCACUAAAGCUAUUAUGGGAGGAAAAAGAUACUUUUGAUAUUGUGAUUACUGAUGUUCACAUGCCUGACAUGGAUGGGUUUAGGCUAUUGGAGAUUGUUAGUUUGGAAAUGGACAUACCCGUAAUUAUGAUGUCUGCAAAUGAUGACAAGAACAUGGUCAUGAAGGGUAUAAAGCAUGGAGCCCGGGACUACCUGAUAAAACCCAUAAGAAAGGAAGAGAUCCAAAACUUGUGGCAACAUGUGAUUAGAAAAAAAUUAUUUAAACCCAAUGAAUCAAUUGUCAAAAAGGAAAUUAUAGAUGAAAAUUCUAAGUCUAUCAAGAGAGAAAGAGAGCAAAGCAAGGAGAAAGAAAGUACUCUAAACAAUGACCAUGGUGAAGACAUUUCAAACCAUAAAAAGCAAAGGGUUGUUUGGACACCUCAACUACACAAGAAGUUCAUUGAUGCAGUUCAUGAAAUAGGAAUAGAUAAGGCUGUUCCUAAGAAGAUACUUGAACAUAUUAAUGAACCAGAGGUUUCUAGAGAAAAUGUUGCAAGCCAUCUUCAGAAAUUCAGAAAUGCUAUGAAGAAGAACAAUGCUGCUACAGAAAGCCAACAAAGCUGUAAAAAUGUUGAUUCAAAUGGAAUCAAUGGACAAGCAUCAAGUACAGUCAUUACAUAUUCUAAUGACCAAGAUACUAAGAGAAUCCCUCAGCCAGAUGGAUUUGAAUUCAAGGAUUAUUAUAAGAAUCUGGGGUCAGUUCAACAAAGUCGAUUCGUUCAGAAUAAUUCUUGCUUUCCUGGCAUUUCUCCAUCAAAUCCUAAGCCUUUCUCAGUUCUUCCAGCUCUAAACCAUCAAGGGGUUUUACUUCAACAUUAUCAACAGGUUCCUGAAAUUGCAGAUCAAAUAUGGCAGAGAAAACAUAUUAAUCCUGGGCUUGCAUAUUUCUCUUCAAAUAUUCCUUCAAGGAUGGAUACUUUACAUCACCACACAGAUUUUAAUGGGCUAAAGUAUCAGUACUUUCCUCCAAGAACCACAAUGUUUGAUGAUUACAAGGAGAUUUCUCACCAUAUUCCCUUUUACAAUGCUAGUAGUGGACUUAGUUCAGGCAAUUUUGCUUUGAAUGGAUCUGCAUCAACUUCAUACCCUAACAUAUGCUUUGGUGGUUCUAGUGCAUCAUCUACCUUUCCAACAGCUGCUUCAACUGAGCUAAGUACAAUUUUUCAACAUGAUUCAAAUAGUGAAUCAGUUCAAAACUUUCUUUCAGGGCAUGAUAUCCAGAGUUUCAGCCUAGAACAGGUCAUGGAAAGUAACGAUAUGACUUCCAUGAAUCAUCCUCCAGGCCACUUGGAAUCAGAAAACUCUAUAGAUGAAGAAGACCUUCAUGCAAUUAUAAGACAGUUCCAAAAAUGAUGGUCGCGGCAAGGUGAUUGAUAGUUGGCCUUUUACCAUGAAGGAGUGAAUUGCAUAUGACUUUCUUUCCAAAUUUUUGGAGCUUCGCAAAACCAGGAACCAGAAGACAUCAUCAGUUCAUCAAAACCUUUUUCAAGCAAUACAAAAAUCACUUCACGAUUAUUGUAAGAGCUGAAAUAUAUUUUAUUGUGGGCUAGUAAGGGUAAUAUGUUCCUUUGGUUUUGGUAUAAAGAUCUUGGCUCAAGGGGGAAAAUCAGAUAAAUUCCUCUUCUUUUUUUUUUUUUUUUUUUAUAAUAAAAUGUCCACUUCAAUGUUAACCAUGUAUUUAAUUUUAAUUCAUUGUUACGUACAGAAGCUUAGUUCAUUUGAAUUGAAAAUGUUGAAAGUCUUGUAGAUAUUGAACCUUGCAUGUCCAAGGCUGGAAGUGUGAUUUCAGAUUCUGUUGAACUCUACUUUAUGAUUCUUUUUACUCCAAAUUAGAAAACAUAUUGUGGAUAAA